AUGGAAAACUGCAACCCGUCUCAGCUGAGUAUACAGGACUUAGUUCGUCGCGUGCUCCAAAGACUUGGUGACAGUGUGGCUUCAACAUCGGUGUCGGCUGCAACGUCAUUGACCGUUUCGGCCGUGCCGAAAUUCAGUGGUGAGGACCUAAGAGACGAUGCGAAAGGGUGGUACGAUCGAGUUGAAGAGAUCACCAGGGAAGUGCCGAAGCAGCGAUUGAGCUUGGCAACACACGCAUUGACGAGACGCGCGAAGACAUGGUACAAACAGUGGGACGCUCGACCAUGUACAUGGGAGAAAUUUAGAGAGGACCUGUGUACUGCUUUGUUGCCGAACGGAAGCUGCAUGACCGGUUGCUGCGUGCAUUGCAGUGUGUCGUUCACGGAAAAGGAAUAUGUAGAAUUAAUAAUAAGCACCAUAAGCGAUGUAAAUGUGCGACAAGCCAUGUUAAAUGCUCGUUUUAGUGCUACGUCUGAGUUAUUAAUGGGAAUCGGUGAUUAUAAAAUGGUUGUCGCUACUGGAGGAGAAAAACGGCAAUUAGACAAGCACUCGUCCCAAACAUCGAAACGGUUUUACUCGUGUAACGAGUAUUGGCAUACGGCGAGGCGAUGUACGAGACAACGGAAGGGCAGGAGUCGGAGUCCGUUGAGAUAUAGUCCGCCGAGACAAGGGUCGACGACCAUAAAAAGGGGUGCCCCUACCUGCACCUAUUGCUCGAAGAAGGGGCACGAGGAAGCUAAUUGCUGGGCGAAGCGACGGGCGAGUCGAGAUAAACAGGUGCUAAGGAAGUUUGAUACAAAGGACAAUAAGAAUCAAGUGAACGUGUGUUAUUCGGUGAUUCACAAACCAUCCGCGAUAUUACUAAAGGGCCUGUUCGUAGAAAACUAUCUGCUAGACAAUGGUGCGGCUUGCUCUAUAGUGCAAGAGUCGGUAGCCAUGCAGGCAAACUGCCGAAUCAUCCCGCGCAUCACCACCUUGCGAGGCUUUGGGGAUUCGGCCAAGAUUACGAUCGGAGAUACCUCCGCGAUGGUCCAAAUCAAGGACGUGUCAGCCGAAACCAAUUUGUACGUCGUGCCGGACAGGACAAUCCCUUAUGACGUGAUCAUAGGGAAGAAUUUCGUCGUUGGGAAAGGCCUACGCAUGGUCACCGACUCAGAUGAGACAACAACGGUGGGGCACGGACCGGUGCACACCGAAGAAGCUCCCGCCGCUGAUCCUCUCUGCUAUGCUGUGGGCCAGAAAGAUCCUAAAACGAAGGAGGCCGUGGCAGCGCUGCUAGGGCGGUACCGACAUACGCUGACUUCUGUUGAACGAGAAAAGGUUCGCGGUAUUAUAGAUGAGUUGUUAGCGAACGAAAUAAUACGCGAGAGCACGUCACCUUAUGCUAGCCCGAUAAUCCUCGUGAAAAAGAAAAACGGCGAGGACCGUAUGUGCGUUGACUUCCGCGCGUUAAAUAAAAUAACAGUCAAAGAUCGCUUUCCCCUGCCACUGAUAGAAGAUCAAUUAGAUCGGUUAGGUAUGGGAAAAUAUUUUACGACUUUAGACAUGGCCUCGGGAUUUUAUCAGGUCCCAAUUGCGGAAGGUUCGAUAGCAAAGACGGCAUUUGUUACGCCUGACGGGCAUUAUGAAUUUUUACGUAUGCCGUUUGGCCUAACUAAUGCCCCAGCUGUUUUCCAACGUGCGGUUAAUAAAGCCUUGCGCAAUUUGCGUUAUAAAUUCGCUUUAGUAUACCUAGACGAUAUCUUGAUUCCGUCGGAGACCGUACAAGAGGGUCUUGAGCGGCUGGAACAGGUUUUGCUCGCUCUAGAUAUAGCCGGAUUUUUGUUGAAUUUAAAGAAAUGCAAAUUCUUUAAAACGACCAUCGAAUAUUUGGGGAGAGAAGUUUCGGCCGAGGGAAUUAGACCGGGAGCGGCGAAAAUAAAUUCACUAUUAGAAGCACGGGCCCCGGAAAAUGUCAAGCAGGUACGGCAGUUUAUGAGCCUAGCCAGCUAUUUUCGGAAAGGGUAUAGCCGAAUAAGGGGGUUCCACAAUGUAUUUAUGAUACGUCAAUUACUAUUGUGCACGGAGGAGCAAAGCACUGAAAACAUGUACUGA